AGUUCUUCCGGCCAACCCCUGCUGCGCUGCGGACAAUAGUUCAGCCAACACGCCUCUUUCACCGCUUCUCUUCAAGUCUUUUGGCCCGUUUUUGCGCUCGUUUAAAGCUAAGUGCGCAGCAGCAGGAGGAAGCAGAGAUCCCCGGAGAGGCUGGGUGUGCAGGAACCACAACCGACCAGUGAUGGACCCGCUGGACUUCCUGGAGCCCGCUGAGCUGCUCAACUACUUCCACACUCAUAAAACGGAGAUGUCCUGCAUGGAAACCCCGCACAGCUUCCUGAGCCAGCUCAGGGAUCACAACCUGAUCCCGGAAGACAGAUACAAGAAGAUAAUCCGAAUGAAGAGUAAAAACAAUUUGAGAAGAGCUGUUUAUGACAUCUUAGACUGGCUUGAGACAAAGAAAUCAAAGUACAUCCGGGUGUUCUGGAGGUGUGUCUUCAAGGAUGUUAUGAUGAACCAGUAUCACACUCUGAAGCAGCUGCACAAAGGCCUCAUGGAUGGAUCUUACCACUUCGACUCAGAACUACCCUCGAGAGUGGAAAGUGAAGAGAGUGACGAAAGAGGAAGCUCGAAGCUUUCAGACAGAGAGCAGAAACAAACUAAGUCCCCCAAAAAGAAGAGGAAAGUCAGAAGCGACGGCGAUGAUGAGCAGCCUGGUCCUGCAACAGAACAGUCUCCAGGUCAGAGGAAGAAGCACAAGAAAAUACAUUACUCUUCUCCAAAGAAGGGAGAGACGAAAGAUAUUUGGACCUGGCCCCUCUAUAAGACCCAGCUGCCUGUGACCUGUGGAAAGGUGGAGGGGAUGCUCCGACGAGAAAGACUGGCUCAAGGCCAGGAAUGCAUUAUGGUGGACAAUCGGUGGUUCACUCCCGCUGAGUUUGAGAAGUUCGCCGGGAAAGAAAGCAGCAGGAACUGGAAGCUAAGCAUCCGAUGCGCAGGAAUCCCUUUGGGAAAACUUAUUAAGGAGGGGCACCUGAAGGCAGGAAUCUACAAAAAAAGAAGAAAACCGGCCAAGCAAUCCCGGUUUCCUACCAGUCGCUCAAACACAGAUGAAGAGGACAGCGAGGAUGAAGAGAGUCCCCAGGAAGCAGAGGCUUCGACUGGUGAAGACACAGGAGAAGAAGAAGAAGAAGAAGAAACGGAAGAACGGGUUGAGCCGGCAGAGGUCAGCCCUGAUCAUGACAAGAGGAUGUUUAAAGUGACGUGUGGAGCUUUAACUGGAACUUUGUACAAAGAUCGGUUUGGAUCAGGGAAAUGUGGCAAAAGUGUUCGCACUGAGCUGAGCUGGAUGACCCCAGUGGAGUUUGUGAAUGUAGCGUUAAACCAGAGCGAUGCCUCCUGGAGGAAGGAGAUCCUGUAUAAGGGAGAACCCCUCAGCGUUCUCAUAGAGGCAAAGGUCUUGAUGAUCCAUUCAUUACUCUGCAAAUGCAAACUGUGCAAACCAGAACCUCAAGACCUGGAAAAUCAGAAAAAUGAUGAUGAGUGUUGCGUCUGUAAAACUGAACGAGAGGAUAAGUUGGUGGUCUGUGAUAGCUGCCCAAGAUCAUUUCACCAGGACUGCCAUUUGCCUCAUAUAGACGACUCAAUUGUAAGGGACGAUGGCCAGUGGCUUUGCACAUUCUGUGUUUUCAAAGCCAACGAGGGGUGCCGCUACCCUGACAAACAGAAAACUGAAGUCGUCAUGUCCCGCCAAAUAUCUCAGCAUAUGCUGGAAUGCCCAUAUCUCCUCCUCUGUCUGUGCAGUGCUGAUGAGGAGCAGAUAUUUUCCACCAAUCCUGUGGAGUAUUUACAAAGCUACUCCAGUAUUAUUAAGGCUCCAAUGUGGCUGGAGAAGAUCGCCGAUAAACUCCAGAGGAAAGGAUACCAGACUGUUGGCGAGUUUGUGUCUGAUGUUCAACUAAUUUUCUCCAACUCUGCUACAUUCAAUAGGAACAAUCCAGAAUACCUUGGCAUGGGCGAACAGCUGAAACAGUUAUUUGAGCGAGAAUUUAAGAAGGCCUUCAACAUCCAGGACUAGUCCACAGACUUUGGAUGAGCUCCAAAACUCUUCACCCAUGGACACUGGCUAUAAAUUAGCAAAUCUUUGUUAUGAUAUCACUUUUGUUGUUCUUUUUUUUAUCUAACUAAGAUUCAGUCAUUCCCCCAUUCACUCACACAUUCACAUGCCGAUGGUGGUGAGCUAUGUUAGUAGCCACAGCUGCCACGGGAUAGACUGACAGCAAAGCGGGAAAUUCAAAUGCGUAGGUUAUCUCUGGGGACUCCGGCUGCAGCCCACAGUCCAAAAACAUGGCUGUUAUUAGGUCAUUUGGUCUCUCUAGAUUGCCCCUACAUAUGAGUGUCUGUGUGCACCGUUGUUUGUCCUGUGCAUCUCUGUGUUGCCCAGGGAUGGACCGGAAACUGUCCAGGGAGUACCCUGCCUCUUCCCCGAAGGCUGUUGAAGAUAUUCACCACACCCCC